AUGGAUUGCUGUAGCAGCAGCAGCUACAUGGACUACAGGCACCACUCGAUGAACAGUAACUUCUGCUACCCGUACUCGCCGAACAUGCUGCGCAGUGCGUCCUCGUACCCUUUGGCCGGCCCCGGUAUGCCCGGUUCCGCCCGGUACGGUGCCUCAGGGGACUAUCGGUCGAUGGCGUUGGGAUACGGUGGCGCAUCGGGAGGCUACGAUGGGUACGACAAAUACUAUGGCGGUGGAGGAGGUGGUGGCGGUGGCGGUGGUGGGUAUCACCAUCCAGCGGCGUCGGCCUAUCCGUCCGGUUACUACGGUAACUAUCCGUCACCGGCCUACCGGGAGUAUGGAGGGUAUGGUGGUGGACACUAUUACCACCAGUCACAGUCACCAUACGCUCGAUCCGGUGGACCCUCGGCUUACGGUGGCGGAACAUCAUCCGGAUCCGGAUACCUGCCGUACGGUGCCCGCCACUAUCCUUCUUCAUCCCCGCUGGGGCAUCCUUUCGGGCGGGAGUCGUACUAUCACGCCCAGCAUAGCCGGGAUCCGCUUCACCAUCAGCCUCAGUAUUCGAGCUUCGCUAGCUACGGCAGCCUGCCACCGUACCAUCGUAACGGGGCUACUCCGGAACAUCCCUCCAUCGGAGCGAAAUCUCAGCACCAUCAGCAGCAACCUUAUCCGGUCCAUCAGAACUUCCCCGGGAGCCAGCACGAACGAGGAAUUGCUGGAGUCGAGAGCACCAAUGGUGUAUCGACCAGUCAAAGUGGUGACAGUCCAUCCUCCGCUUCGGUGUUUAAUGCUCCCAACGGGUACUCACCGAGUCCUACGGAUUACACGCUACCAUCGUCCUACUCUGCCUCGGAAGACAGUCCUUCACAGCAUCCUCUCGGGCCGUCCUCGGAUGGUGGAGCACCAUGCACGGACGACGGUAGCGGUGAGCAUCGUCCAUCCUCUGGGACGCCCGCACCACCAUCUCAGCCGCCCAUGCUCAGCAACGCAACAGGAGAGUUUCCGCUCGACCCAAAGGACACCCGGAUGCGAAAGCCCAAGGAACGCAAGUUGCAACGGACGUACGGAGCAGGAGGAGCACCAGGCAGUGGCGACGGUGGUGGGGGAAGUGGCCGCCCAAGCCGAAACAGUAGCCCGAGCGCCUCGAACGGGGUGAGCCGGAGUGGUCCAGCGUCGGAGAGGAUAAAAUCACUGGAUGCACUUACGAAUCUCUGUUGGCCGGAAGGUGAUCAGUUUCCAACGCGAAUGCGCAAGCAAUCUAGCGCAAACGGCUCUAGGACAAAAGAUCCUAACAACGGAAAAAAGGAAAACAACGAACUAGACUCCCCCUCGUCCACGGCAUCCACCAGCCCUCGGGGAGCCGUCAGUUCCGGUAGGCGCACGAAAAAGCAAACGGCCAACGGCAAACAGUCAGCCAAGGAAACGAGAGCGGCGUCGGAAGGUAAAGAUAAACCGACACCGAACGGAGCUAUUACAUCGACGCCUCCGGUGGAAAAUAAGAAUGUUACGCCACUUCCCGGCUUCCAGCAAGCGUUCGGCUCGACAGAGAUUGGAAAGUUUUCCGAGGUGUUCUUCAACAGCAGCCCGUCGCCAGCAGACCACAGCCCCUCGCAGCAUCAUCCUAUGCACCAUCAAGAGGAGGAGCACCACCAGGACCAGCAGAGUCCACAUCCGACCCAGCACGGCCUCGGAAGGCAUCGACAGCAGCAGCAGCUUCUUGCUAUGGAGGCCCUCAGUGCGUACGAAUCCGACGUUGAUACGCUCAGUCCACAGCCUUGGGAUCCGACACGUGCGGGCCCGAGGGGACCGGGCGAGCCGUACGAGGGGCCCGGUACCGGAUACAAUCUGCAGAUCGGGACCUCCUUCCAUCCGGCAUUCUACGAGUCAUCGUCCUACUCCGACCAUGCCGUAGACUCGCCUUUGGGCAACUACUUUAGCGAGAUGACGUGUAGCGAGUUUGUGAACUGA